CCAUGCUCCAUUAUCAUCAUAAUUCAUCAUUAAUUGCAUAAUCAACGGAGGUUAUGUUUGAUUCUCAAAUUUCCCAACAAAUCUUCUUCUUUGGCAUGGAACUUUGUAAUACUACACACCUACCUUUUUCUUACUCAUGUAUUACUUUAACCAACCAAAAAUUCUCAACUAAGCCAAACACGCCACAAAAAAAAAAAAACUGAACUUACCCAGUAACGUUUCUCUCUCUAUUUAAUCCCAUUUUUCAACUUUUCUUCCUUGUUUCUAUCUUCAGUUGUGUAAAGUUUUCUUCUUUCCAGGUGGGAAAAUUUUCUCCCAGAUGUCGAUCGAGAGGCCUAGGGUUUAUACCCGAGGGCUGGUUUCUAUGCAGAUGAUUAUUCUGGUACUGUAUGUAUUUUAUGUGACCACCAGUGCACAGUCUGCAUCUUCUGAUGCUACAGCAAUGCAGCAGAUUAAACAGAACUUCAAACUAGGCCCAAAAACCGAUUGGUCAAACUCCGACCCAUGUAAGUGGAAUGGUAUAAGUUGUGAUUCUAGCAGCAAUCGGGUCACGAGGAUACAGUUGCGAAACUCAGGAAUAUCGGGAACUUUAUCCUCUUCGAUUGGUAACCUUACUAGUCUUGAAGUCCUCGAGCUAAUGGGCAAUGCAAUAUCCGGACCAUUGCCUAGCCUUAAGGGGUUGAGCUCGCUCCAAACCUUGAAUCUUCAUGACAACAAAUUUAGCUCUAUCCCGGAUGAUUUCUUUGACGGGUUGACCUCUCUCCAACAAGUUUAUCUCGACAACAACCCGUUUAGCACUUGGUCUAUACCGGAGGGGCUGAAGGAUGCUUCUUCUCUAAAGAACUUUUCUGCUAAUUCGGCUAAUGUUGGUGGUAAGUUACCGGACAUUUUCAGUCCUGACAAUUUCCCUGGUAUGACCCAUUUGCAUCUGUCAUUCAAUAACCUGAGUGGUGGUUUGCCACCAAGCUUUUCGGGUCUUGGGCUUCAAUCUCUCUGGUUAAACGGGCAACAGGAUUCUAGUGGUAGUCGAAGCUUAAAUGGGACAAUCGAGGUUUUACAAAAUAUGACUCAGCUGGUGCAAAUAUGGUUGAAUAUGAAUGAUUUAACAGGCCCUAUACCAGAUUUGUCCAAAUUGACUAGUUUAGUGGAUCUUAAUUUGAGAGACAAUAGCCUAACCGGUCCGGUCCCUGUUUCUCUAACAACCUUGUCUAUGCUUAAGACCGUCAAUUUGACUAAUAAUAAUCUUCAAGGACCUACUCCUAAGUUUCCCGAUUCAGUAGCUGUCGAUAUGUUACCUAAUCUUAACAGCUUUUGUUUGCCAAAUCCUGGUGUGGACUGUGAUAGCCGUGUUAAUACUCUGAUAUCGGUAAUGGAACCAUUUGGCUACCCUUUACAAAUUGCCCGAGAGUGGAAAGGCAAUGAUCCAUGUUCAAGUUGGUUGGGGAUAACUUGUUCUAACAAGAACAUUACAACUAUAAAUCUGCAGAGUCGGGGUCUUAGUGGUACCCUUUCGCCCAAGUUCGCUGCUCUUACAUCUGUUCAGACGUUGAUACUGUCGCAUAACAAAAUCACGGGUUCCAUACCCGAAGAACUCACGAAAAUGCCUAACCUUAAGACACUUGAUGUUUCUUUUAAUAACCUAUAUGGCAACGUCCCGGAUUUCUCGCACACUAGAGUAAAUGCUAAUGGGAAUGUUGAUAUUGGCAAAGACCGUCCUAGCACAUCCAGAGGUGGCCGUUCAGGUGCACCUGGUGCACCUGGAACGACCAAUGGAAAAGGUUCUAAAGUCGGGGUAGUUGUUGGAUCAGUUCUCGGUAGUGUGUUUUUGGUUUCUGUUGCUGGUGGAUUGCUAUUUUGUUUCUUGAGAAGGAAGAGGCUUUACGGGAGUGUACAGCAGCCGAAUACGAUUGUGAUCCAUCCUAGUCAUUCUGGCUCGGACAAUGGUGUCAAAAUAACAGUUGCUGGUCCUGGGUUGAAUAGCAAGGCGAUGAGCGGAGACCAAAGUCAAGGGAGUAGUGGCACGAGUGAUGUUCAUAUAGUUGAGGCUAAUAGCAUGGUAAUUUCGAUUCAAGUGUUGAAGAACGUAACCAACAACUUCAGUGACGAUAAGGUUCUUGGGAGAGGGGGUUUUGGAACAGUCUAUAAAGGCGAGUUACCUGAUGGAACCGAUAUUGCAGUCAAGAGGAUGAACUCCGGAGUGUUGGGUGACAAAGGUUUGGCAGAAUUUAAGUCCGAGAUUUCUGUUCUUACUAAAGUUCGCCAUCGACAUUUGGUUGGACUUCUGGGGUUCUGUUUGGAUGGUAACGAAAAGCUUCUUGUCUACGAGUAUUUGCCGCAAGGCGCUUUGAGUAGGUAUCUUUUCAAUUGGAAGGAAGAAGAAUUGAAACCCCUUGGAUGGAAACAAAGGUUAACAAUUGCAUUAGAUGUGGCCCGAGGAGUAGAAUAUUUACAUGGUUUGGCACAUCAAAGUUUCAUUCAUAGAGAUCUUAAGCCGUCUAAUAUUCUUUUGGGAGAUGAUAUGCGUGCAAAAGUUGCCGAUUUUGGACUCGUUCGUCUUGCACCCGAUGGUGGAAAAACCUCGAUAGAAACCAGGCUUGCCGGGACUUUUGGUUAUUUGGCUCCUGAAUAUGCAGUGAUGGGCCGUAUAACAACCAAAGUCGAUGUAUUCAGUUUUGGGGUGAUAUUAAUGGAGAUCAUCACAGGCAGAAAAGCUCUUGACGAGACCCAACCAGAAGACAGUGUUCACCUGGUUAGCUGGUUCCGAAGAGUGUCUAUGAACAAAGACUCUUUUCGAAAGGCAAUUGAUCCGACCAUUGACCUUGACGAAGAAACUCUUGCUAGUGUCAGCACGGUUACUCAACUUGCUGGUCACUGUUGUGCUCGAGAGCCCAACCAGAGGCCCGAAAUGGGUCAUGUAGUGAACGUCCUAUCCUCCCUUGUCGAUGUAUGGAAGCCUUCAGAAGAUGAUUCCGAAGACUUGUUUGGACUUGACUAUGAUAUGACCUUACCACAAGCUCUUAAGAAGUGGCAGGCUCUCGGCGAUAGCAAUAUCGACAGUUCUUCAUCAUCUUUCCUUGGAAGUGGGGACAACACACAAACGAGCAUUCCUACUAGGCCCUCAGGGUUCGCUGAAUCGUUUACUUCAACAGACGGAAGGUAAAAUAGUCGAUACUCGAACUAGAUUUCGUUAUGGGUUAUCAAUCCCUAAAGCGCUGUUCUUGGAGAUAUGUGUUUCUUUCGAUCAGCCUUGUUUAUUCGCUCCUAUGAAUCGACUCGACUUGUUUCUUUCUUGUGUCCUUCCUUGCUUUGCUUCCUCUUCGCCUAUGUACACGCUCGUCUCCAAGAUCAUGCGAGUGGCAUGUCUGCCGGUGACUAGUUAAUGUUGGUCGGAUUAUUGUCGAUUGAGCUGUUUAAAUACUCUCUUAGAAACCUCACUACAAGAUGCAGGGGGUGUGAAACUCAGUUCUUCAAAUUUCAGCAUGUAUAGAAUUUGUUGAUAUUGGUUUUUGUUUGCAUAAUUCAAGUCAUGAGUGUUGUUUAGUUUACAUGGUGGACAAACAUUUUUAAUUUGCAUUGCGACAUGAAGCUUCUAACUUUUCUAUUUGGUAAACAAAAAGUUAAGGUUCUUGUUAAAUUUAUGUUAUUAUCUAUCAUAUUGAACUUUUUCUAUAAAAAUAAA